CCACUUGCGAGAGCUCCCUCCCCACGCCCCGUGCCCGCCCCCGGAGGCUCGCUUCCCACGCCUCCCGUGCCCGCCCCCGGCUCACCCUCGACAGCCUGGCUGGGAGCGAGGGGAGACCUCGCCCGACCUCCAGGGUGCCCGGCCAAGGGGCAGGACAGAAAAUAAUUUGCAGGAAGAAGACAAGCAUCAUUUGAUCAAGAAUGUCUUUGGUAGACAAGAGGCUUGAAAACUUGCAAAUCUACAAAGUUCUGCAGUGUGUACUUAAAAAGGAUAAGAUGCAGAUAGAGAAGUUGACCAAGUUUGGAUAUCCCGAACUUAUCAAUUUCAGAGAACCAAUUAAUGGAGAAAGCGCCCUUCAUUUGGCCUGUGUUUCCAAUGAUCUCGACAUGGUCAGCUUUCUGCUAGACUUAGGAGCUCAUCCUGAUGUACAAGACCGGAUGGGCUGUACCCCCGUAAUGAAAGCUGCAGAGCUGGGUCACGAAGUAACCCUGGAGAAACUGGCAAAGGCACAGGCAGACAUGACCAUCGUUGAUAAUGAAGGAAAAGGAGUUUUGUUUUACUGCAUUGUGCCAACUAAAAGGCACUACCGCUGUGUGCUGAUUGCCCUUGAACACGGUGCUGAUGUCAACAAUUCUACAUACGAUGGGAAACCAGUAUUUCUUAAAGCUUGUGAAGAGGCUCAUGACAAUAAAGACACAUGCCUGAGAUUUCUGGAAAGAGGAGCAGAUCCGAAUGCCAUAAACACCUCAACAGGUCGCACUGCUUUAAUGGAAGCCGCAAGGGAAGGUGUGCUGGAGGUAGUCCAGGGCAUACUUGAAAGAGGAGGAGACGUCAACGCCUUUGACAAUGAGAGACAUCAUGCUGCACAUUUUGCUGCCAAAGGAGGAUAUUUUGAAAUACUGAAGAUUAUUUCUGCAUAUGAUGGAGAUUUAGGACUUAUUGCAAUGAAUGGGAACACACCACUUCAUUAUGCUGCUAUGGGCGGAUUUGCAGAUUGCUGCAAAUUCAUAGGUCAAAGAGGUUGUGAUCCUAAAUGGAAGAACUUGUUAACUAAGACACCAAGAAUGGUGGCUAAAGAAGGUGGCUUCAAAGCAGCAUCCAAAGAAUUACGCAAAAUUGAGCGACUGUUUACCAAACGUUCCAAGCCAGGAGCAACAGACCCGAAUCCACUCUGGGCUAUCAGACUGUAUGAUUGGUCACUGGAACGCGAGGCAACUCUCCGGGAAGAAUUUUUAGCCAUGGACAGGGGCGAUGGGACAGUAACCAAAGAAGAUUUUGGGACAGUACUUCAGGAAAAUGGUGCCCCCAUAGAACCUGAAAACAUCGCCAUUGUGGCUCAAUUACAUGAAAAACUGCGAGGAGCAGGGGUCAAAAUUGAUGAUUUUUUUAAGGGGACCAAGUACUUGCAAAAACCUUUUCUCAUGGCAUCUUAUGGACCUAAGAAAAAGAAAAAAGGCAAGGCCAGAAAGGGAAAAAAAAGCAAGUUUGUCCUUCCAAUGCCAGUAUGCAUCAUUCCUGAGAAUUUAUUUCCCCGCCGAAAAGACGGUGGGCCUCCACUCUACAUGAUUGAAAGCUACCAGAAUGUUACCGAUUUUAGUAAAUUUAAUCGAGAUCACCCACCUAUACAUCCUAUUCAGGAUGACUCGGCAUGGUAUAUUGAUGAGCCAGGAAAGAUUUAUUCCAGUAUUAACUACAUCACCAGGGCAGGAGACCUAGCAUCACUGAAGAAAGCAUUUGAUGAGGGAAUACCAGUGGAUAUGAAGGACUGUUUUUAUAAAACUCCAUUAAUGACUGCCUGUGCAGGAGGAAAUAUAGAGGCUGUGAAAUUUCUUUUAGAAAAAGGGGCCAGUGUCAAUGCUACGGAUAAUUUUCUUUGGACGCCUCUGCACCAUGCAUGUCAUGCUGGUCAACAAGAUAUUGUUGAACUUCUAAUUAAAUCUGGAGCAGUGAUAGAUGCAAUUUCAAUCAACAACUCAACUCCCCUGAUGAGAGCCAUUGAAAGCUGUAGGCUCGACACUGUUCAGUAUUUAAUGAAUCUUGGAGCUAAAAUCCAGCUGGAAAACAGAAAUGGAGAAAAUACUUUGGACAUUGCCAAGGCAUAUGCAGACUACAGAUUAAUUGAUCUAAUCCAAGAAAAGAUGGAGCAUCUUCCCAAACCACCAGACACAAAAAGGGGCAAAGGAAAAGGUGGUAAACAAAAAGCUGGGAAACCCAAGGCUGAGGGACCUGAAGCUAAAGUAGAAGAGGCACCAGUUCCACUGGCUUUUGAUAUCCCCACUAUAAAAGAAAGAAAGGAAUCUGCUAAGGAGAAUGUUGUUAAUUUAAAUUCUCUGAUUACUAGUGGAUACACAAAGAAAGUUGAUAUUACCUUCAUACCAAAGAGAGUCUGGAGUCCUGAUGCUACAACAGCAGAACUGAUAAAUAAACGGGAAAUACGCCGAGAGCGCUUUAGUUUUGAGGUGGACUUUGAUAACGUCACGAUGCCAUUUCAAAAGAAUUUCAUGGAAAAAGCCAGAGCACUAGAAGCUUCUAUGAAUUACUAAAUAAUUCCAGAUUUUCCCCUAGUAAGUGGACCAAAGAAAUGAAUACAGGGAUUUAGAGAAGACAGACAUCUCUUCUCCAACAAAAUCAUGUAAUCUUAAUUCUAUGAUGCUCAAAUUAUGGUGACAACGUAGACAAAUACUGGCUUUCCAAGAUUUUGUCAAAUUUUAAUGUAGCAACAGUGUUCAAAAUUAACCAUGUAAAUAUCACCAUUCUCUUUCAAGGGAUCUAAUUAAUCCCAAAGAAUUGACCUCUUACAAGAUGAAAAUGUGAAAAUAAAGGCAGUGUAC